ACAUAAAUAUGAUUUAUUGGUGCAUAAAUAUAUAAAUACGGAAUUGAAACAAAGAAACAUAUAUCGAUUAAAAAUAGCAGGGGAAAUGAAAGAGUAUGAUAGGUGGCACAUUACAAUUGGUUGUGUGAACAUGAAUAAUAAAACAAAAGAAAAGAAACAAUGAGUUAAAGAAAUUUUUUGAAUGGUUGCAAGAAGUGUUGGCAUGGAUGCAUGAGCAAUAAAUUUGAAAUGAGGAAUCAUAGAAUGAGAAACUACUUAUUAUAUUUUAUAGAUAUAAAUUUGGAUGAUAGCUACAGUAAAUUUGCAAGAACUAGAUUAUAAGGGUUUGAUCUAGUGGUAAUAUCAUUAGCUUUUAAUUUGGAGGUAUUAAGUUCGAAUCACUAAUAAUUAGUAACUAACCACAAAAGAGUAAAAACCUAUGCACCCUUAUCAAAGUUUUUUCAAGAACUACAACUUUUGUUGAGGGUAAUUUUUAAAAGAGGGAUAUUUUUAAAUUCUAGGGGCUGUGAGGUUAAUUUGAAUUUAUCUUUAAUUAUGUUCGUAAGAAUAAGAUCGACCCAUAACAAAAGUUAUAGUUCUUAAAAAGCUAUGUCCAAUAAUUUUUUUUAUUAUUCCGAACAGAGCACAAAUUAAAUCUUUCCAAUAAUUUGCAUGAAAUCAUAAAACACCCCAUAUGGGACAGGAAACAACCUUAUUUGCAGACAAAUGCUGAUAAUUUGUAGCUAUAAAGAUCUUGAAUAGUUAUGUGAAAAUUUUCCGCCUGCUAAUUGCGUAGUCAUGCAUAAAGUUAUGAUCGGAGGGAUGGACAAUAGGAGGGUUAAGUUGGUUAACAUUCGACCCACGCUGAUGAUACGUAAAUUGUAAAAAUGAAACGCUUGAAAAUGGUUAGUAAUCACUCAAAAGUGUGUUUAGCAUCCCCUAUGAGUACUUUUAUUAUUUUGAUGCACUCUGUUUUCAGCGCAAAUUAUCUUAGUGGUCCGCCUUGGGUGAGCGAGAGACGUCAAGGACCAGCUGCUAAAAGCCAAAAAUCGGGAUUGGAUUAAGGUCUAGAAAUUGCGGUGAAUUCAGAGGACCAAGCCAGAAAAUGGCACCUAGACCACCAUUUAUGGAAGUUUUUCAUAUUGGUUUAGAUUCAUGAGGAAUGUGCCAUACUUGGAGGCCAAGCAGAAGUUAAACCUAAAUGACUCGACUAACGUAUUUCAAGCCUACUUUCUUUCCCAUAAAAUAUGAUAGAAGUUAAUGCAUGACUAUGUGUCAGGAGUUUUUGGAAUCUUAUUUCGACUGGUGUUCUUCCAGAAACCUAUCCCCAUGAGUUAAUAGUUCGUCAAUUGUGUAGGUUGUCGAACUCUAGAGGUUCUUUAGACUUUGCAACCUUUGAUUAUUCAAUAAUAUUUGACUUCUCAACCAUCAAAUAACAUUGGGCCGACUUUUAAAUUGCACGGAGCGAGCCAAUAUCUAAAAUCUAAAAAUUUAUGAAUGUGUAUAUUAACUCUGGACCCAGACGAGGACUGGACCGUGGAGGGCGCAAGAAAGACACCCCUAGCUAGAAGAGGACCGGACAACUAGUUUUAUAACCCUGGAGCAUACAUCACUGUUUCGUGUGUCAUGAUUUGCUUUUCGUUCGGUUCGAUUUUAUAUACUAUUCAAUUUUAUCUUCUCUCUGUUAUUUCCCUACCCAAAUUUAGUUCGUGAUCUCAAUCCCUGGGUUUUCCCAAUUCUCUUCUAAUACCUCUUAAUUCUUCUAAUCUCAUUCCCAACUAUCUACUUCCUUCUCUUUCGCCCUAUUUUUUUUCACUCAUCAUCUUCUCAUGACAUGCCCUAUAUUGCAAAGAUCGAAGUUAAUGUUCUGCUACCAUGUAAAAUCGAACAUGCACGAAAAGUAAAUCAAUAGACUAAAUUGUCAAUACCCUAAAUUUAGAAGGACGUCAUAGUUAAAUAGUCUUUAAGUAGGAAAUUGUCGGUCAUGGGUUAUAGAUCAAGUUGAGGACACGAAAAAGGGUGGUAUGAGCUGGGAUUGGGUCCCUAUUUGGAGGAAAAUUAUUAGCAGGGGGAGUUAAUGAGGGACUCAUUUAGCAGCACAAAGAGUUGAUUAGUUGAUAUUUCUUAUCAAAACAUUAGUUGUCAACCUUUUCUGGGAAGAGACACAUUAGAGAUAAUGAACUCUUCUGAUGAAAAAAAGAAAAAGAAAAAAAAAAGAGAAAAAUCGGGUUUUAGCCUUAACUAUGAUGUCGUGUUCUGGUUUCAAAUAAUUAACCAGUUAAUUGGAAUCUUCCAAAUCGUUAUCUUUGCAUAAUUGCACCUUCGCCAUUAAAAACGUAUUUUGUAGUUGCUUUUCUUUUAUCUCUAGAAAAUUCUAGUUCAUCAGGAGGCGAGUAAAGGAUUAGAAUAAAAAAACUAACAAACUUCAGGGUUAGCGGAUGUUAAUUAAUGGGUCAGAUUGGUGUACUGAGUUUACUAUACUCUAGAUAUUUUUAGUGAGAUAUCUCUAUCUAGACCAUGAGUUAAAUCGAGUUUGGGGUAUGAUACUAUACUCUAACCUCGUUGGGCUUUCAUGAUGUUUGUUUCGAAGGGGAUGCUCAGAUUAUCAUUGAUAAAAUUACUCGGCAGGAUGCGAGUGAUAUUCAGAUAGGGGCGACGAAAGGCCAUUUUCUUUGAAUAUUGAAGGCUACAAAUCACGGAUUCGGCUUGAGGCUAUUCUCCAACGAUGAUUGAGUCCAUUAAGCACCGAUUUGGGCGGAUUUAUUCCAGGUCAAUUUUUGCCAGAUUCCAAAGGGGUACCAUCACAGAUUUCGGGCGAUUGAUCCGAAAUGCGAUUUUCUUUCGAUUCUGGAGGCUACAGAUCACGGAAUCAGGUCGAGGCUAUUCUCCACCGAUAAUGAAGUCUAUUGAUCCUAUUCUCCACAGAUGAUAAGUCCGUUAAGCAUCGAUUUGGGCCAAUUUAUUUUCGGAUGGCAUUUUCUUAAUCUCUUGGGCGACGAAAGGCCAUUUUCUUUGGAUAUUGAAGGCUACAGAUCACGGAUUCGGCCUGAGGCUAUUCUCCAACGAUGAUUGAGUCCAUUAAGCACCGAUUUGGGCGAAUUUAUUCCGGGUCAAUUUUUGGAAGAUUCCAAAGGGGUACCAUCACAGAUUUCGGGCGAUUCAUCCGAUAUGCGAUUUUCUUUCGAUUCUGGAGGCUACAGAUCACAGAAUCAGGCAGAGGCUAUUCUCCACCGAUAAUGAAGUCUAUUGAUCCUAUUCUCCACGGAUGAUAAGUCCGUUAAGCAUCGAUUUGGGCCAAUUUAUUUUCGGAUGGCAUUUUCUUAAUUUCUUGGGCGACGAAAGGCCAUUUUCAUUGGAAAUUGAAGGCCACAGAUCACGGAGUCGGCUUGAGGCUAUUCUCCAACGAUGAUUGAGUCCAUUAAGCACCAAUUUGGGCGGAUUUAUUCCGGGUCAAUUUUUGGCAGAUUCCAAAGGGGGUACCAUCACAGAUUUCAGGCGAUUUAUCCGAUAUGCCAUUUUCUUUCGAUUCUGGAGGCUACAGAUCACGGAAUCUGGCCGAGGCUAUUCUCCACAGAUAAUGAAGUCUAUUGAUCCUAUUCUCCGCGGAUGAUAAGUCCGUUAAGCAUCGAUUUGUGCCAAUUUAUUUUCGGAUGGCAUUUUUGAAAUUUCUUGGGCGACGAAAGGUCAUUUUAAUUAGAUAUUGAAUGCUACAGAUCACGGAUUCGGCCUGAGGCUAUUUUCCAACGAUGAUUGAGUCCAUUAAGCACCGAUUUAAUCGGAUUUAUUACGGGUCAAUUUUUGGCAGAUUCCAAAGGGGUAACAUCACAGAUUUCGGGCGAUUUAUCCGAAAUGCCAUUUUCUUUCGAUUCUGGAGGCUACAGAUCACGGAAUCAGGCCGAGGCUAUUUUCCACCGAUAAUGAAGUUUAUUGAUCCUAUUCUCCACUGAUGAUAUGUCCGUUAAGCAUCGAUUUGGGCCAAUUUACUUUCGAAUAGCAUUUUCAUAAUUUCUUGGGCGACGAAAGACCAUUUUCUUUGGAUAUUGAAGGCUACAGAUCACAGAUUCGGCCUGAGGCUAUUCUCCAACGAUGAUUGAGUCCAUUAAGCACCGAUUUGGGCGGAUUUAUUCCGGGUCAAUUUUUGGCAGAUUCCAAAGGGGUACCAUCAAAGAUUUCGGGCAAUUUAUCCGAAAUUCCAUUUUCUUUCGAUUUUGGAGGCUAGAGAUCACGGAAUCAGGCCGAGGCUAUUCUCCACCGAUAAUGAAGUCUAUUGAUCCUAUUAUCCACAGAUGAUAAGUCCGUUAUGCAUCGAUUUGGGCCAAAUUAUUUUUGGAUGGCAUUUUCGUAAUUUCUUGGGCGGCGAAAGGCCAUUUUCAUUGGAUAUUGAAGGCUACAGAUCACGGAUUCGGCCUGAGGCUAUUCUCCAACGAUGAUUGAGUCCAUUAAGCACUGAUUUGGGCGGAUUUAUUCCGGGUCAAUUUUUGGCAGAUUCCAAAGGGGUACCAUCAUAGAUUUCGGUCGAUUUAUCCGAAAUGCCGUUUUCUUUCGAUUCUGGAGGCUACAGAUCACGGAAUCAGGCCGAGGAUAUUCUCCACCGAUAAUGAAGUCUAUUGAUCCUA